GCUGCGGCUUUCGCUUUCACUUCCUUGUCGGAGAGUCGAGCGGUCGCCAGGGCUGAGCGGGCAUGGCGUUACUGGAUCUGUGCGGAGCCGCUCGCGGGCAGCGGCCCGAGUGGGCCGCCCUGGAUGCGGGAAGCGGGCAUCGCUCGGACCCGGGACACUACAGUUUCUCUGCGCAAGCCCCGGAGCUCGCACUUCCCCGCGGAAUGCAGCCCACUGAGUUCCUGAGGUCCUUUGGUGGUGACCAGGAAAGGAACGUUCAGAUUGAGAUGGCCCACGGCACAACCACGCUGGCCUUCAAGUUCCAGCACGGCGUCAUUGUGGCCGUGGACUCCCGGGCCUCUGCGGGGAGUUACAUUGCCACCUUACGGGUGAACAAGGUGAUCGAGAUCAACCCUUACUUGCUGGGCACCAUGUCCGGCUGUGCGGCUGACUGUCAGUACUGGGAGCGGCUCUUGGCCAAGGAAUGCAGGCUGUACUAUCUGCGCAAUGGCGAGCGCAUCUCCGUGUCUGCAGCCUCCAAGCUGCUUUCUAACAUGAUGCUCCAGUACCGGGGCAUGGGCCUCUCCAUGGGCAGCAUGAUCUGCGGCUGGGACAAGAAGGGACCAGGGCUCUACUACGUGGAUGAAAACGGGACCCGGCUCUCCGGACAGAUGUUCUCCACCGGCAGUGGGAACACGUACGCCUACGGGGUGAUGGACAGUGGCUACCGCCACGAUCUCAGUCCUGAAGAGGCCUAUGACCUUGGCCGCAGGGCUAUCGUUCACGCCACGCACAGAGACAGCUAUUCGGGAGGAGUUGUCAACAUGUACCACAUGAAGGAGGACGGGUGGGUGAAAGUGGAAAGCUCAGAUGUCAGUGACCUGUUCCACAAGUACCGAGAGGCCAGUCAGUGAUGCCGGUGGCUGCUGGACACGCCUCCUCC